AUGCUGACUUUAAUCUUCGCCUACAAAUGGCUUCGUGCUUCCUAUUACAUUCAUUGCUUAAGAUCUUGUUUAAAUUUUAAUAGCUUCGUGAAGCAAAUCACAGGGGAUUCGAGUGCAGCUAUGGCGAAGACGGUCACCGGGAAAGUGGUUUUGGUGAAGAAGAAUCUGACGGACAUGACUGAUCCGGCGGCUUCUUUGCUCGACCGAGUCGGCGAGCUCCUUCACCACCGUGUUUCGCUGCAGCUCGUCAGCGCUAACGUUGUCGACUUCGCUAAUUGGAAGCGAGGGAAGCUCUCCAUGCCGGCGUAUUUGGAGGAUUGGGUGGGUACGUUGACACCGAUAACUGCAAAAGAGGCGGCGUUUUCGGUCAGAUUCGAGUGGGAUGUUGAAUCCAUGGGUGUUCCUGGUGCUUUCAUCAUAAGAAACAAUCAUCACAGUCAGUUCUAUCUCAAGAACGUCACCUUGUACGAUUAUCCCGGCCAUUCCUGGAUACAUUUUGAUUGCAAUUCAUGGGUUUAUCCCACGGAUAAAUACAAAUAUAAUCGUAUCUUCUUCGCCAACAAGAGUUACCUUCCAUCUGAAACACCUGAAGCCUUACGCGACUACAGAAAGGAAGAACUUGAAAAUCUUAGAGGAAUUGGACGAACAGGAGAGCUCAAAGAAUGGGAUAGAGUAUAUGAUUAUGCUUUCUACAAUGACUUGGGGAUGCCGGAACUGGGGAAGAAAUUCGCACGUCCGGUGCUCGGUGGAACGGCUCAGUAUCCGUAUCCGAGGAGAGGGAAAACUGGUCGUGCACCAAACAGAAAAGACCCGAACACGGAGAGUAGAUUGGGUGGACUAGACAUGAUCCUGCUAAACAUUUACGUUCCACGAGAUGAACGGUUCAGCACGGUGAAAUUCUGGGAUUUCCUUGCUUAUUUUCUGAAAGCUGUCUCUCAGACAAUGGGCACCGUAAUAGACGACCACAACAUAUUUCAUUUCGAUUCCAUUCAAGACGUAUUUGAUAUGUACGAAGGUCAUAUAAAACUACCCAGUAAUGACUCUCUAAAGGGAAUAAGGGAUGCAAUCCCUUGGACUCUUGUCAAGGAACUUCUUCGUAAUGAUGGUGAAAAAUUAAUGAAGUUCCCGGUGCCCGCUGUGAUCAAAGAGGAUAAGAAUGCUUGGAGGACGGAUGCAGAGUUUGCUCGAGAAACUCUUGCCGGUCUCAACCCGGUUAUCAUCAAUCGGCUUCGGGAAUUUCCCCCAACCAGCAAGCUUGAUCCUGAAGUAUAUGGGAACCAGCAUAGUAGCAUUAGAGAGGAUGACAUUAAGCAUAAUUUGAAUGGAUUAAGUGUGAAAGAGGCUCUAGAUAACAACAGAUUGUUCAUAUUGGAUCAUCAUGAUGCAUUGAUGACGUACCUGCGGAGGGUCAAUUCAACUAGCUCAAGGAUUUACGCCACUAGAACCCUUUUCUUUUUGCAAGAUGACGGCACGCUGAAGCCGUUGGCCAUCGAGUUGAGCUUGCCGCAUCCGCAAGGAGACAAACAUGGUGCGGUCAGCAAGGUCUUCACCCCGGCAGAGCGCGGUGUUGAAGGUUCGAUCUGGCAGUUGGCCAAAGCUUAUGUUGGGGUGAACGAUUCAGGAUAUCAUCAGCUCAUUUCUCAUUGGUUAAACACACAUGCAGUUGUUGAACCAUUUGUGAUCGCUACUAAUCGACGAUUGAGUGCGAUUCACCCGAUAUAUAAGCUUUUGCAUCCUCACUACCGUGACACGAUGAACAUUAAUGCACUGGCUCGUAUGCUCCUCAUUAAUGCUAAUGGGAUAGUUGAGUUAACUGUUUAUCCAAGAAAUUUCGCUCUCGAAAUGUCGUCUGCCAUUUACAAGGGUUGGAAUUUCACUGAGCAGGCUCUCCCUGCUGAUCUGCUUAAGAGAGGAAUGGCUGUUAAGGACCCAGGGUCUCCCAAUGGAAUUAACCUCGUGGUAAAGGAUUACCCUUUUGCAGUUGAUGGGUUAGAAAUCUGGUCAGCCAUUGAAACAUGGGUCACUGAGUACUGCUGUUGCUACUACACAUCAGAUCAAGCAGUGGAAAAGGACGAAGAACUCCAAUCAUGGUGGGGCGAGAUCCGAGACGAAGGCCACGGCGACUUGAAAGAGCAACCGUGGUGGCCCAAGAUGAGCACAAUACACGAUCUGGUUCAAUCAUGCACGACCCUAAUAUGGAUCGCUUCAGCACUCCAUGCAGCAGUCAACUUCGGCCAAUACCCGUAUGCCGGUUUCCUCCCUAACAGGCCGACAGUCAGCCGUCGGUUCAUGCCAGAAGCGGGCAGCAAAGAAUACGCCGAGCUCGAGAAAAACCCUGACCUGGCCUUACUUAAAACGAUCACCCCACAGGACCAAACGAUGAUCGGCGUGUCCCUCAUCGAGAUACUCUCUCGGCAUUCAGCCGAUGAGAUAUACCUCGGGCAGAGGGAGUCGGACGAGUGGACUUCGGAUGAAAAAGCAUUAGCUGCAUUUAAAAGAUUUAGGGAGAAUCUACUCGAUAUCGAAAAGAAAAUCGAGACCAGAAACAAUGACCCCAACUUGAAGAACCGAAACGGACCGGUGAAGUUGCCAUACACGUUUCUAGACCCUAACACCUCCGGUAAAAGUGGAGAGGGACUCACCGGGAUAGGUAUCCCUAACAGUGUCUCAAUCUAGGUUAUUUGUUGCUUUAUGAGAAAAUGUAGGUUGUUUGUGCGACAAGCGAGUCUUUGCCUUUCUUCUUGCUUUGUUGCUUUAUGAGAAAAUGUAGGUUGCUUGUGCGACAAGUAAGUCUUUACCUCUCCUCUUGCUUU